AUGCCAUGUCAUGCAACGGCUUAUACCUGCGUGGCGUACACGCGUCCGAGCUCGAUGCUUCUCAUCUCUCGUCUGAGAGGAAAGAUUUCAAGAUUUCUGCGCUCGCAAAGCGAUUGUACACCAGUUUCGACAAUAUUCAGUAUGAUGUCAGAAUGCUUCGCGUCCGGUUAUGGACUUGGAAACAAUGCUACAAGCUGGACAGGUCGUCACCUAUUCGAUGCCGUAUGUCGUAUCAUCGGUCUCCGGGAAGUCUGGUUUUUCGGCUUGCAGUUUACUAAUAAAAAAGGAUUACCAUGCUGGUUACAGAUGGACAAAGAGGUGCUUGUAGCAGCUUAUGGUCUAGUGAUACGUAAGCAAGAUGUGCCUAGAGGUGAGGACGGUUGUAUGCAGUUUUUGUUCUUAGUAAAAUUCUAUCCAGAAGAUGUUGAGGAUGAACUCAUUCAGGAUCUCACGAGACAUCUAUUCUUCCUGCAAAUAAAACAAGCCAUCCUUUCCAUGGAUCUGUAUUGUUCCCCGGAAGCAUCUGUGCUUCUUGCUAGUUUUGCUGUACAAGCUAUUAAUGGGGAUUGCACAGAUGAAACGGAACCGUUAGACUUGGAUAAAUUACUACCGAAGAGUGUGAUAGAACAGUACGAUAUGAGUGCUGAUAUGUGGCGCGAGCGGAUAAAACGAUGGUGGCAGAAUAAUCAUGGACAAACAAGGUCUGUUAUGCUUUGCAAGCAACUUCAAAUUUCGAUUUCCGCAUAG